CAGCCUUACCACCGCAUUCUCGAGCGUUCCGCGUUCGUCAUCGCUCGUGUUUCCAUUCCCCCUUUCACGUUUAAACAGCGUUAAAACUGGUCAAACAUUGGGCCAUCGUUCUGAAGUUGCAACGAAUCCACCCGCUCAAUGAGUAGGUGGACGUGUGAAAGACGCAAUAGUGUUUACGAAACAAAAAAGUGAUCCGAGUUUAUUUAAUGUUGUGAGUUUGGAUUAACAACUGUCCCCCCCCCCUUGAUUCGCUGAAUUUUCACGAUUUCGCAGUGACCCCACCCUUCGUCGUGCCGCCUCCAGUGGCAAACGGAUCUCUUUUUUACUCGUUCUGGCUGUCGUGGAAGCCGAAAUAGUGCGUCUUUUGUUCGCGUUACGAUCGUCAACUCGAUCUUGUUUUUUUUUUUGUGAUGAAGCGAUAGAGGAUUAAUCGUGCCUGUGUUUGUGAUUGAUAAACGCAUUGCUCUUGUGAUUUGUGUGGUGCACUGUGUGGAUUUUUGUGGGGGGCGAGAGAAGAGAAUAAUCAUCAAGAUGAUGGGAAAACGCACGCACUGUUAUUUGUGCGAUUUGCCGCGCAUGCCGUGGGCCAUAAUAAUGGAUUUUUCGGAGCCCGUUUGCCGUGGCUGUGUGAAUUACGAGGGCGCUGACAGGAUUGAUCUUGUUCUUGAGUCGGCUAAACAGCUGAAGAAGGCUCAUGGCUUUCAGGACACACGUCCGUCAGCGUCCAAGGGCUACAGGGCAACGGGACAUGCCGAGCACAAUGGUGGAACUAAUCUCGAUGUAUUGCCCAUACAAAAUACCAGCCAGGCCCACUCUAGACACCACAAUAUCGCUAAUUACUCACAAUUGCAUCAUCGUAAUUCUAUAACGGAGUUCAAUUCAUCGACUAGACAGCAACAACAGCAGCAGCAGGCUCAGCAACAAUUGGCGGCUGCUGCUAGACAGCACGAGGAGCCACACGAUAUCGUUAAGCACGAGCUGGUUAAGCACGAUAUGGUCAAGCACGAUAUGCAUAAUGGCAUUAGAAAUACCAAUGUUAGGAUAACGAAUGCACAUCUUGCUGCUGCACAUCAUGUGGGGCUCAAUCACACCAGGGGAACACAGCUCAAGAGGGGGAUAUCCACUAUUGACGAGGAUGAACAUCCGGAGAAGAAGUUCUCCAUGGAUGAACAACAUCCGAGUAGGCCACCGUUGACGAGGGGCGACUCGUUGCCCGCUGUUAGCCUUGCUGUCAGUUAUGUACAGGACAGGAGCAAGGAGAAACAUCCUGUCAGGGCGCCCAGCUUCGAGACCGCAACCACUUUCAAGCCGAAUGGUGGUUACGUGGGUCCUUCAAUUCCCCUGGCACCGACCAGUGUGGCUACCAACGGGGGAGGUUCGCCACUGCGUCCGAGGACUAGUCCUCCUCCACCACCUCCACCACCGCAGGAGGCAGGCGGAGGGACGCAGCAAGGAACUCAUCACCAGGGAGGGACUGGUGGGCCUUCGCCCAUGGCUGCACUCAUGUCUGUCGCUGAUACACUGACAUCUCCUGAGCCUGUGCCACAGCCAUCUAAUAAUCCCAGUCCCACUAGUAGGAGUCCACCUACUACUGCUGCUACUGGACAGCAGAGGAGUGUGUCCAGGGGGUCACAACACAGUCCCAAUGGUUCUGGCUCUGGAAGAAGACCGAGUGGUGGUGCAAGGCAGCACGUAUCAUCGACAACAGUGAUGACGUCCUCAGAAGGUGCGACGGGGGCUCAGCCAGCUGGUGCAGAGCCCGUCUCCAACGCGCCUGCACUCAAGUGCACCCUCUGUCAAGGUCGCCUAGAGGAUACCCACUUCGUUCAGUGUCCCAGUGUUCCCCACCACAAAUUCUGCUUCCCCUGCAGUCGAGACAGUAUUAAGAGGCAGGGAGCUGGCUCAGAGGUAUAUUGUCCAAGCGGUGAAAAAUGCCCUCUGGCCGAUAGCCAGGUACCCUGGGCCUUCAUGCAGAACGAAAUAGCCACAAUUCUCGCCGAGGACACAGCAACUGGUCUCAAGGUCAAGAAGGAGCGCGAGACUUAAGGGAAUGUGUACUUGUACAAUUUGGUUGAGGCUCAAAUUAAAAAUAUAUAUAUGUAUAUCACAAAUACAAUUGUGACACAAAACUUGUCCAUGAUCGAGGGAAAUUACAUCGACAUGUGAACAAGCGGGGUGGGGCCUCUGUUUUGGUGGAAUAACCGUGAAGGACCACCGAGGCAUGUCUUUGGAAGAUAUAAAAUAUUUAAAAUGGAAAAUUAAAUGUAGCGGGGGAUCCUGUGGGAGUAGCACCGAAGACGUGAAAUUGAUUUUGGGGGGCUUUUCAGGGAUGUUUCGUUGAUGAAAAAUUUUGGGGGGCUUGGGGGAUUGUUUGACGCGGGUUUUGAGCAGUAGUCUUCGGUAAUUUUGACACGAAGGCAUUUUUACACGACUCGUAAUAUCCUAGAGUCGUUGAUGAUCGAAAUCAUAAACAAAAAAUGUUGUUGAAGAGGCAAAAUCUUUAUUUGUUUGUUUUUGUUAUUUGCAUUUUGAGUUACAUCUUCAAUUGGCAGUUUUCAAACUGCUUAUUUUCAAUAAUUUCUUGAUGAUGAUACUGAUGAUGAUGAUGAUGGCGAUGAUGAGGGAGGGAUUAUUUUUCACAUGGCUUGAUCGCCUGUACUUUGCAUCCGUCUCACUAAUUUUUCUUUUGUAUUUUUUGAGGUGCCUCUUGACUGGAAGCACUUUGUAGAAAAAAACAGCAAAAGAUAUCUUAUAACUACUAGGGCGUCCGUAUCUUACUCUCCAGUCGUUUGCGGGCAAUCGGAGUAGUGUCCACUAUUUUCAAUAAUUUUUUUUCUACAUGCGCCUGGUUAAUGUUUAAGUUUACAAUUUCAACUCGAUCAAAAUGCGAGGGAAAUUCACUCGGGGGGAAAAGACCCAGAUUUUUUUUUGUACAUUGUGUAUAUGUGUACAUAUAUUUGACAUUUAUCGAAGCAAAAUGAAGCAAUUUCUAUGAGCAAUGGGGUAAUCGACAUUGUGAAUGUACAAAAUUCAUUACUUUGGUCUUUCAUUUUUCUCCAUUAAUUGACGUGUGGUGAAAAAUUUUUAACACGAAUAUAAACUUAUGACUGCAUGAGGAUAAAUUUCGUAUGACGAAGUAUUUGUCAGCUAUUGGACAGAAGAGUGCACUUGCACUCUUGCAUUAUUUUACAAUGAAAAAUUGAAUUGUUUAACGACUGUUUCUCCAGGGAAAAUGCGUCGUUGUAAUUGUCAAUCUGACAUAGAGGUGAAAGAUGAAGCAUCGUAAAGAAGUAGAUUUUGUUUUGAUGAACAACCAACAAGUGAGAGAAUUUGUCGCUGCCGCCCAGGGUUUUCUAUUUCAAUGCUGGCGUGAAGAGUGAAUGUGUGCGAAUAAUGAUAAGACGAGUGAUAAAAAAAAAUUGUAACUGUACGAAGCGUAAGAGUGAUUGCAGUUAACGAUAAGUCGGUGAUAAAUGACUGUGCGAUAAACCCUGGUAUGGAGGGGGUGAGCCCAUCUUUUCUUUUGUAUAUAUUUGUACAAAAAACAAAUCGAAAAAAAAAUACACACGUUUAGAUAUGUAUCGAUAAUGUAAGUGACAUCACACUAGAAUGUUUCAGCAAUUGUACUGCAAUGAAAGUGAGGGGAGUUUCUAGAAACACUUCGAGUUUUCUCACGACGAUUUUCAAAAAACCAAGUUUUUUUCUCUGUAUUUUUGCGAAAGACUCGUCCCAUUCUGAUUGGAAUGAACAGUUCAUUCGAUUGUUGUAUGUUUCUCUUUUUUUUUAAUCGAAAAAAUUUCAAAACGUUACAUCUGCGUAAUUGACAGAUCAUUAUUUCGUUCCUCAGGGUUUCGUUGAGUUGAAAAUAAUUAAAAAACAACAAUUGCCAACUACAUUUGUCUGUUCCCAAUCUCAAUAAUAAAAGAACUACUAAAAUACGAAUUUUAACUCCAUUAAAAGAUAAAGAAUAUUCUCAUAGAACAAUGCAAGCGUUUUUCUAUAAACUUUAAUAAAAAAAACAUGCAGAAGAGGGGUAAUAACUAGAACUCGAGGAUAAGACAAAUCGAGACGAGUCAAACUCGUCCACUAAAAAUUGUAAUAGCGAAUAAAAAAACAUUUUUUUUUCUAGUGUACCAUAUCUUGGAACGUGUAACAAUGUACUGUUUAUCGUAUGUAUGCAACAAACAAAAAAGUAAAAACGAAAAUAUAUGUGUUGAUGUGUAAUAA